GGGGAGAGGUAAUGCUGUGGAGUACUGUGUUGUAAUUGAAUUCCUUAGAGGCGGGAGGAGGUGAUGUGGGAAUAUUUUACUUGUCCAGUCUUGAGCAGUGUGAUAUGAGUAUGACUCCAAAACACCGAGUCCAACGCGCAUGAAUGAGAAGGAGAAAGGGGAGCUUCACCCAUCUAUGUCAAUGCACCGAACUUCUUCGCCCUUCUACCGGCCGGCACUCGCCUCUCACCCAUCAUGUCACACAACCCCCUCCACCGAUCCUCGGUACACCGGCCCCUCACCAUCCAAUCCCCUCCCCCCCUACCUCGUCCCUUCAAAUCCCGCAAGGCUGGGCGCUCCGACCGAGCGUGCGGCGCGCGGUGCAGCGCGAUGCAGCCUCGUGGCGGGAUUUGAAAUUUUACUAAUUUCUAAGCGCGUGUGCGUGGGUGAGUGAGUGAGGUGUGACGGCGGGGUUGUCUUGUGUCUUGUGUCUUGUCUUGCUGUGACGCUGGAUGGAGGGGAGAGGCGAUGAAGAGGUUGUAAGUCCGCGGAGAUGAAAAUAUAGAGGGAGGUGAGAGGGAUUCUGGCCUUUUGGAUAUAUGAUCCCCUCCUCCUCCACCGCGCAAGCCCUCACCAUGUCCUCCUCAUUGCCUAUGCUCCUGACCUCGACCUCGUCGCCGCCUCAAAACAAACAUCCCCGCUCCGUCUCAUAGACUUGAUAUCAAACCUCACCGUAGCGCAUACAAGGCGCAACCAAGAUGACCAGCCCCUCCUCCACGGCGUCGAGCCCUAUACCAGGGGACGCGUAUUUCGCGGACCUCUACCCCCUCGCCUCACCCAUUCACUCGCGGUCACCAUCACCGAUAUAUGCUCCUCCCCCUCCUCCUCCUCCUUCUGCGCCGUGUCAUAAAUCGAAUCACAAGCAAAAUCAUAAUCACAACCAACCCCUCCACAACACACACACACACAUCCAGAGGCACAAUACGGCUCACACACACAGACCAGCGCCAUACCGCCCGCGCCUGGACUUUGCGCCACCGAAAGGGGGCGCAUAUAGACCGAGUCUCUCGUUCUUGCCGUCUGGGGGGACGAGUCCGGCGAGUACGAGUGCGAGCCCUUUGACGCCUGAGAGUCCCAUUGGAGGGAGCGGGGGUGAGGGGGAGAAAUACACACCGUUGAAGGAGGAGGAGAGGGAUUGUGGCGGGGACAGGGUUAGUGCGCAGAAAAUGAAGAGACGAGCACAGAAUCGAGCUGCACAAAGAGCGUUUAGGGCGAGGCAGACGGAGAGGGUGGCGGAGCUCGAGAGGGAGGUGGAGGGGUUGAGGAGGGAGUUGGAGGUUUUGAGGGGGACCAUUAGGGGGAAAGGGGGGAAGGGAGGGAUUGGUAGGUGA